AUGGCUGAAUAUGGACAUCCAGUACAUGCGGGCUUCCUGAAGCAACAGCCCUCCGACCUCGACGACUCGUCAUUCUUGCCCCUGUGGGCGCGCAGCAAGGUCCGAUACGCACAGAACUUGCUCGCGUGCUCAGACGAGCCCAUCGAGUACGAUCACGACGACGAAGACUACCGGGACAACUGCUUCUUCUUCCCCGAAGACUGCUCCUGGUCGCCGCCGCGGGGGUGGCUCGCCCAUGAGAAUCUAUCCCUGGAAGAUCUAACGGACUCUUCCGACGAAGACGACACCAUGGCGCCUAGUCUACCCGAUAUCAAGAUGCUAGACUCGGAGGCGCUAGGCGACCUCCUAGAGGAUAAUCUUUCGCCGCCAGAAAUCACUUCCAUCAUUGUCUUUGCAACCAACGGUGCCAUUUUUGCAUACGCCUCUUCACUUCCAGCCCGACAACUACGCAACCUAAGUGCCACGUACGGUGCGGCAUACACCUGCUACGCCAAGAACGUGUCGAGCGGCAACCUGACGGGGGUCGACCCGACCAGCCACCCAUCGUCAUACGUGACGGCACAGUCAGUCUCUCUCGGGGACGUCGGGUCGAUCGUGUUCGAACUGGAGGGCCAGGUUGCCGUUGUCACCCGGCUUGCCGACAAGGUCCUCCUCGCUGCCGUGGGGCCGUGUAAACUCCCCGAUGCCUCGAUAGAUGAUCCUGCCGGUCCUCGCCUGGAAACAGACGCAUCGUCGCCAGCCUCGUCCGCCGAGGGCAAUCACCAGGUCAACGGAAACGGAACGACGACGAUGACGACGACGACGACCUCCACGCCGAGCACGACCACCCACGACACGCUCCUGCAGACACAGUACGAAAUAGACCGUAGCACAGACCUCGCGCGGCUGGCGAGCCUGAACCUAUCCGCCUCGCCGGCCAUCCUGCUCGCUCUCGAGUCCAAGUCUGCCGCCCUGGGGCGGUUUCUUGGUCAGAAACUGGCGGAUCUCGAGAGCCCCGAGGACUUUUAG